AUGUCUGCCCCACAGCCCACGACCUCAGCCCCAUUGAUUGCAGUCAACCCACUCUUGAUCCAACCGCUCAGCUUUGAGGACCUUCUGAAAAAUCGUCACUUCAGCGGCACAGUUCGAAAGUAUCAAAUUGCGGCCAAUCAGUUCCUUGAGAGUCAAGCUUACCAGAACAAACUCGUUGGGCAGAUCGAGGGGCUACUUGCUAAAGAACACAUCCACAUCCACCAGCAACAUGAGUCAGAGGAAAAAAUCCGAAAGUAUGAAGACGAAGUACAAGAAUUGACUAAGCAAAACAUUAAUUUACGACAAGAAAACCACCACCUACUGCAAGAAGUUUCAUGCCUGCAAACCACUGUCGAAGAUGAGAACUGCUGUUAG